AUGUCGCACAAGGCGGCGGCGGCGACGACAAUGCCGCCGAUGACCCUCGAGGUGAAGGUCGUCAACGGGGAGGACGUCCGGGUCCCGUCGGGGCGGCCCCUGUGCCACGGCGCCUACGCCGUGGUCCACACGCCGUCGUCCUCCACGCCCACCCGCGUCGACCAGGACCCCGACUGCCACGGCUACCCGUACUGGGACGAGGCGGUGCGCGUGGCGCUGCCCGCGGGCGCGCGCUGGCUGGACGUCGAGAUCUGCCGCGCCCACGCCGGGGGAAUGUCGGAGCCCGUGGCGGCGGCGCGCGUCCCCGUCGAGGACUUCACCGUCGGGCCCCCGGGCCACCUGCAUUGCCUCAGCUACCGGCUGUUCGGCUCCGCCGCACGCGGGAUGCUGCAGCGCCGGAACGGCAUCGUCAACAUCACCGUCAAGAGGCUCGACGGUGUCGCGCCGCUUCCGGCGGCGGAAGGGAAGGCGAUGUUCCCGCCGCCGGCCGCCGGGAAGAAGGCCGUGGACGCCGCCGGCCCGAGCGGGAGUGGUUCGUGCUGUGGUGCCGCCGCCGUGGAGCAGGAGAAGCCCGCCGCGCCGGCUGGUGCCGUCAUGGGUUACCCCGUUGGGUGCUAG